AUGAUAAAGGAAGAGAUAAUGAAUGCCUUGGAGAAUAACCAAGUGAUCAUCGUCGCUGGCGAUCCCGGUUGCGGAAAGACGACUCAGGUUCCGCAGUUUAUAUUCGAUCAUUACCCCCGUUGUCUAAGCGCCAUUUCGGUAGCCAAGCAAGUGGCCUUUGAACGCGGCGAAGGCGUUGGCGAUGUAGUCGGGUACGAUCUGCGAUUCGAACGACUUCUGCCUCGAAAUCCUGGAUCAAUCGUGUUUACGACACCGGGAAUGUUUCUCCGUUCCUCGCUGCAGAAGCGUAGGCUGGCAGGCAUUUCACAUCUGAUAAUUGACGAGGUGCAUGAGCGCGAUAGCUUUACCGAUUUUACGCUGACAUUCAUCAAGCAGCUACUUCCUUCCAUUCCAGACAUGAAGGUGAUUUUAAUGAGUGCUACGAUGGAUACGGACCAGUUUUCCAGAUACUUCGACGACUGCCCUGUGGUCACUAUCAGUGGGCGAAACUUUGACGUCGAGGAGCAUUUCCUUGAAGAUAUCCUGCCGAUGACUGGCCAGAAAAUGACGCUCGAUGAUUGCAGAAAAUUUCUGACGUCGCGACAGACGAACGUUGGUCUGGUCGCCGACCUGCUGACGUGGAUUAGCAAAAAUAGAGAAGUGCUACAGGGCCUGAUUAUAUAUGCAGUGGUUCCACUCCUUAAUGUACUUGCACGUCUGGUUAACCAGUAUCUGGAAAUUGCAAGGGCACCGAAAGACGUCAGGAAAAUCGUGCUGGCUACAGACGUUGCUGAGACGUCAUUGUCCAUCGAAAACGUCCGGUUCGUUGUCAACGCCGGACUGAGACGCAUUGCAAGCGAUUCUUCACCGCAGCACGGAAUUAACUACGAAUUUGAAUGGGCGAGCCGAGCUUCCCAAAUCCGGAGAAAGGGCCGAGCCGGCAGGGUAAUGGACGGUGAAUGCUUCCACUUGUUUACCCGUGCCAUGUAUGAACAAUUCGCUGAUCGCGAUGUGCCCCAAUUGCAGCUGUGUUCACUGGAGUACAUUCUGCUUUUAACCAAAUUGUUUUUCGAAUCUUGCGACCCCGUUGAACUGUUGAAAACUUCGAUGGAUCCUCCAGAUGACAAACAUCCUGCAGAGCAUUUGCUUGUUGAACUCGGCGCUUUUCACGCUGGAAACCAACUGACUCCCCUUGGCCGAAGAAUGGCGUUGCUUAGCUGUGAUCCACAACUUUCGCGAGCACUCGUUUACGCCAAUGCAUUCGGCGACCUGUCGAAUUCAGGGACGAGCAAAUCAGAACCAUUUUGCAAGGCGAACUCCAUCAGUCUGGCAGGCAUGCGGCAAUUCGUAGAAUUACGUAAAAUAUUUGCCUCUGAGUUCGAGUCUGCCAACGAAAGCAAUGCUCUGAACUUAUGGAGUGCAUCGAACGUGCAUUCGAAUGACGUGGCGCUGAUCAAGGCUGCGCUAAUGACUGGCUUUUAUAAAAAUAUUGCAAAAAUGGCGAAAGGUAAAAUUCGCCGUGGCAAGUCUGUGAACGAAGAAUGCCUGACGAUUAUUGAAAGCGACAACUCAACGAUCAGACAGCGGCGGCUAUCUCCGUAUUUUCAGCAACAGAUGGAACUCCGAAAUUCGUGGUUCUGCUACUUCCCAAAGCAGUUUGAUCCUCAAUCUGGAAUGUAUGCCACCGAUGGCUUGACACCCGUUCCAGCACUAACAGUACUGCUGUUUUCCGGCUAUAAACCUGUACUACUGCCGGCACCGAAGCAAGGUUCUACUGACAAAGCACGACUGGUGCAGCUUGGCGGCCUGCGUUUCUUUCAGAUUAAAUUUGAAAACGAAAGAGCAUUCCGUAUAGUCAGCGAUUUGAGAAGUUGUAUACGUAAACUGGUGGUAUGGUCCGUUUCAAUGCCGGAAGUUGGUUUAAAAGACCAGGAAACGCGUUCACAAUUCGAAACGUUUCGUCAAGAACUGCUUUCCACGUUAUCUGAACUGCUGCAAACCCAGGAAGUAGAGCUUGUGAAGAAGAACGCCCCAAAUACGGCGCUUGCGCAGCAGGCGAGUGGCGAUCCAUGUAACACACUGCAGGAAAAUUUGCCAGUCAUCCUCCGGCUUUGA